GAGCCAUCUCCCUCCAGAGUGGAAGAAUUUGCUUUAUUUCCUGAGGUAAAAAGCCAAGUGAAAACUAGGAGCUGCCAUUGUCUGAAGGGUGCCUUGGAUUUAUCAAGUGGGGCCUGGACCCUAAAAGUACUGAGAAUCACUGGUCCAAUACAACAUUCAGGAGGCAAAGACAAGUUCCACUGAAGGAGAAAAUGCAAAUGCAGAAUCUUAAAGCCUCUGAUUAGCAGGAUUGGUGAUUUACAUUGAACAGUCUUAAUCCAGACAUUGUGAAGGGACAUCUUGAAUUUUCAGUUAGGUUUCUACUGGCAGGAUGAGAGACCGGUUAUUUGAACUGUGUGAAUUAGCCAGGAUUUAUAACCAACAGUUUCCUAAUGAUGAAAAUGACAUCAGUUCACCAACUGAAACUCUCCUGUAUGAGACUGAUUAUGCCCUUGCAUCUCUUUAUAAAGACAUCCAGACUGUCAGAACAGAAAACAACCACCUGAAAGAGGACAUCAAGCGCCUAGGCAAACAAAAUAAGCGCUUCCUUACUUCCAUGCGCCGUCUCAGCAGCAUCAAGCGAGAUACCAACAGCAUUGCCAAAGACAUCAAGGCUCGUGGAGAAGGCAUCCACAGAAAACUCCAGACAAUGAGAGACUUCACUGAAGAUGCAGAAACAAACUUUGGUGCAGUCUCUGUCGUAGCUCGUGUAUCAAAGGACCACUAUGUUGACCUCAUGCAUGCCUUUCAACAAGCCAUGUUUGCGUACAAUGAGACAGAGAUGAACCAACGGGAUAAUUGCAAGAUCCGGAUUCAGAGACAACUGGAGGUCAUGGGCAAGGAUGUUUCUGGUAAUCAGAUUGAGGAUAUGAUUGAGCAAGGCAAGUGGGAUGUUUUCUCUGAGAAUCUCUUGUCUGAUGUCAAAGGGGCUCGUGCAGCCUUGAAUGAGAUAGAGACACGUCACAAAGAGUUGAUGAAGUUGGAGAGUCGCAUCCGGGAGGUUCACGAGCUCUUUUUGCAAGUAGCAAUACUGGUGGAGCAACAGGCAGAUACCUUUGAUGUCAUCGAAAUUAAUGUGCAAAAUGUUGAGGACUACGUAGGAGAGGCUAAAGGUCAGGUGAAGAAAGCGUUGGAAUACAGGAGAAAACACCCCUUCCGUACUAUCCUCUGCUGCUGUUUAUCAUGCUGCAAAAGCUGAUUCUCCUCGGGCCUUUACAAACCACUUUUAGCGUGCUCUAAGAAUGAACAUUAGAAAUAAUAUUGUCAUAACGACUACUUAAAACAGUGUUUGGGGGAGAUUUUUGUUUGUUUUGUUUGUUCCUCUUGUUUAAAGUUGCUUAAGGUACUUCAGCCUAUGCAUUAUUAAAAACCAUAUGUUGGUGGCAGAUAAUUUUAUUGCCUGUUUUCAACUGAAACUGGACCUGUUUAGCUGCAAUUCAGGGUAAAAUGGUUUUAAAAGCACCUCCUGAGAUAAUGCAUACUUCAGUCUACCAAAAGAAUGAAGAAGGGCUGAUAAUUUGUUGAAGAUGAAUCACAAAAUGGGUUUUUUCCCCACAUUCCAAAGUGGGCCAGCAUGAAGUACAGAUCUUUUGCUGUUAGUGGCCUAAUCUGUGUUUUUUUUGUAAGUAAAUCUGUCUGCAUUUAAAGAACGUGGAAGUCUACUUCCUGCAAAACCUUACACAUUUCAUUGCCACAUUAAUUUAAUGAAACAGUAAAGCUGUUCAUAUAUGAGCAAAAGACAGGAUUAGUUCUAAGUAAAACUUUUUACACAAGGAUUAAGCUUAAGUCUUAUCUGUCACUGGGCUUUUGUACCAAUAGAAGUCUGUUGCAGUGAAUGAAGUGAAUUUAGAUCUACUCAGGUUUUAAAUAAGAUCAGAAUCAAGGCCUCUUCAAAUCACUUCUUAUUUAGGCCAUCAUUAAAUACUCUCAAUUUGAAGCUGUCCUAAUUUAAAGGUUUGCUCUAAUUGAGUGGAGGACUGAAAAUUUUGCCAUGGACACUCUCAAAAAAAUUUUUUUCAGUCCAGUGUGUAAAUUCAUAUGUAAUUACAACACCCUUGAAUGGAAGGCUAAAUAUAACAUUUUUAAAUUGUGCGCACACAAAGAUUUUUAAUGAAAUAUUUAUAUUGUAAAGACAAUAUACUUAUUUUUGUAAGUAUUGAUGUCGUGUUCUUAUGGAUUAAAUAGCUUGAAGUCUUAACAGUAUUAAAAUUCACUCUGAUUAGGAUAUGAAGACUAAGGGGUCUAUUUCCCACAUAUGGGAAAUCUGUAUAUUGAGAACAAAAAUAGGCACCUUUAUUUAAUAUACCUUCUGAACCAGCAUUUACACAUCACUUGGACACUUUCACUGAGUCUGGAGAGAAAAAUGUCUUCCUCUGCUUAAACCUUCUGUAGCCAUACUGGGUUUGGACAAAAGGUGUAAGAAUGAAAGGAGGAAGAACAAAUUUAAUGACCAGAUUUCACAGUCCUUAAUUGAACACAUUUCCCCCAUUGGUUUCAGUAGGAGUUUCACUUGAUAAAGAACUGGAGAUUUUGUCCCUUACUUCAGAAGAGCAUUAUGCUCUGUGUUACUGGAAGUAAUGAACAGUGGUCAUAGACAAAAGUACAUGGACUACUGAAACUAUAGUAUUUCUGAGCACUUUUCUGCUGUACUGUGAUUUAUUGAUACUUUAUAUCAAGUUCCAGCUAUUUUUCCAGAGGUUUGAGACAUUUAUUUUAAUUUUUCCUCUUUUUAUAUAUUUUAAUAAA